GAAAGUGCCACGACUCCACACGGCCGCGGCGGAGAACAGGGACCGCGACCCGGCACGGGCACAGAGGAGCGAGGCAGGAUGGAUGUGUACGACCCUCAGACGCUGGGUGUUAUGGUCUUUGGAGGCUUCAUGGUGAUCUCAGCCAUCGGGAUCUUCCUGGUGUCCACCUUCUCCAUGAAGGAGACAUCUUACGAGGAAGCCUUGGCCAAGCAACGCAAGGAGCUUGAGAAGAGCCAGCAGCAGAAAUUAGAGAAAAAGAAGAAAGAGAAACCGGUUGAGAAAAAGGGAAAAGCGAAGAAAAAGGAGGAGAAACCGAAUGGAAAGAUCCCAGAGCAGCAGCUUACUCAGGAAGUGACAGACCCUCCCAAGGAGGUGCUCCCUGAGCCUGCUGGGGUGCCCGAGCCUGUAGCAGUCGAGACUCCAAUUGCAGCAGUGGCUGUUGUCCCCCAGGAAAAGGAGAAACCCGUCCCAUCACCUAAGGAGAAGAGGAAGAAGGAGAAGAAGGUGGCAAAGGUGGAGCCUGCUCCUAGCCCGGUGCUGGCUCCGCCCCCUGUCAGCGUCCCCAAAAGUUCUCCCGUGCGGGAGGUGGCCCCCAAGGAGGUGCCUGUGGUGGCAGUGCCCCCGGUUGGCACCCAGCAAAGUGCUCCUGUCGUCAGCUCUGUCGCUGUCAAGAAAAGCGAGUCUCCCCCAGGCCAGGAGGACCAGAAGCAUGAUGGACCUGCCAAGAAGAAGGCUGCAUCCAAGAAGAAGAGCGAGCCAGCUCCUGCAGAUUCAGAUGGGGCCCUGUACCUGCCCUACAAGACACUGGUGUCCACAGUCAGCAGCAUGGUGUUCAGUGAGGGGGAGGCCCAGCAGCUCAUCGAGAUCCUGACGGAGAAAGCAGGAAUCAUCCAGGACACCUGGCACACGGCCACGCAGAAGGGUGACCCUGUAGCUGUCCUGAAACGGCAGCUGGAGGAGAAGGAGAAGCAGCUCUCAGCUGAGCAGGAGGAUGCAGCUGCUGCCAGGAACAAACUGCGGGAGCUGAGCAAGGAGCUGGCAGCCGAGCGGGCCAAGGCGGGGGCCGUGGAGGGCAGGCUGAAGGAGCAGCUGCUGGCCCGCGAGCGGGAGAUCGUGGCCGUGCAGGCACGGAUGCAGGCCAGCUACCAGGACCAUGUCAGCGAGACCCAGCAGCUCCAGGGCAAGAUCCGGACCCUGCAGGAACAGCUGGAGAAUGGCCCCAACACGCAGCUGGCUCGCCUGCAGCAGGAGAACUCCAUCCUCAGGGAUGCCCUCAACCAGGCCACCAGCCAGAUGGAAAGCAAGCAAAAUGCUGAGCUGGCCAAGUUGAGGCAGGAGUGCAGCAAGCUGAUGAAAGAGCUGUCUGAGAAGUCAGAGGUGCUGCAGCAAGAGGAGCAGCAGAGGAAGAGCUGGGAGAUCAAAGCGACGGCCUCGGAGAAGCAAAUCGAGCAGCUGCAGGCUUACCAACGGGAGGCAGAGGUGAUGCUGCAGAAGAGGCUGGAUGAGGUCAGCGACGAGCUCCGCAAAACCCAGAGCAGCUACAAGAGCCUCUUGGCAGAUGCAGAAAAGACCAAAGGGCAGCAGCAGAGCAUUGCUGAGCUGCAGGCCAAGCUGCUGAGCUCCGAGGCAGAGGUUAAAAGUAAGCUGCUGGAGUUGGACAGUGUGAAAGGGAAGCUGCAGGAUGCCAGCUCAGAGAAUGCAAAGCUUCUGGAGAGGAUCAAGUCCAUUGAAGCUCUGCUGGAGGCAGGCCAGAUGCGGGAGGCAGAAAAAGACAGAGACCUGCAGGCAGCCAAUGAAGCAGAAAUGAAGCAGCUGCAGUCCAGACUCCAGGAGAAGACAGACCAGCUCUCAGCCUUGGAAAGGGAAGCCACACAGCUGCGGGAGGCAGUGGAGCAACAGAAGGUGAAAAACAACGACCUUCGGGAAAAGAACUGGAAGGCAGUGGAAGCGCUGACCACGGUGGAGAAGGCGUGUGAGGAAAAGCUGCUUGCUGCUACCAAAGCAAAGGAAGAGCUGGCCCAACAGCUGGAUGCGCUCCAGACGCGGACCAAGCAGACGCUGCUCUCUGCCCUGCCAGGAGUCACUGUGUCCUCACAGCAGGACUAUGACACGUGGCUACAGGAGUUUAAGGAGAAGACCGUGGGUGUGCUAAAGCAGCAGAUGAUCACAACAGAGCCACCAGAUUCAGCUCUUAAAUUAAAAGAAGCAGAGGAAGCGCAAAGCACUUUACAGGCAGAGUGUGAGCAGUACAGAACGAUCCUCGCAGAGACUGAGGGGAUGCUGCGAAACCUGCAGAAGAGCGUGGAGGAGGAGGAGCAGGUGUGGAAGGCAAAGCUCACAGCCUCUGAAGAGGAGCUCCAAAAGUCACAUCUGCAGCUGAAAUCCCUGGAAGGUGUGGUGGAGAAGUUGAAAGCAGAUCUGCAGAGCACAGAUCAGCUAAAGGAAUACACCUCUCUUCUGGAAGCACAACUGGAAAAUCACUUGGAGACAGCCAGCUCCGAGCGCCAGAACUACACAAAAGAAGUUGAAGCUUUGAGGCUGCUCUUGUCAGAGUCCCAGGAGCAGCUGGAGGCAGCAAAGACUGAAACACAGAAGCAGAGCAAGGAGCUGGCCCUGUUGAAAACCCAGCUGGAGCAGAACGAAACGCUGGCAGAGAAGGAGCAAAUGCUGCGGCAAAAGCUGGCACGGGAGCUGGAGGAGGCCCAGAGCUUGGCACGCAGCUUGCAAGCAGAGCUGGAAAAGCUGAGACUGGCUGAACAUGCAGCAGCUUCAGACAAGGAGGAGGCCCAGCAUCUCAAGGGGCAAGAGGACAGUUCAAAGGAAGGGACUUCAGUUUGAUGAGUCUUCACCCUGGACCUUACAGUUAACUUACCAAAAUGCCUUACACAUUCCUAAAAAUAAAAAUUUAUGCUAAAUUUACUGUAGAUAAAAGAUACAGGCCAUUAGUGACCCAAAACCUAGUUUUGAAACUUACAAGAAAACAUACAAAAAAAAAUCCAAAAAACCAACCAGUAAACACUGCAGUUUGUAAGAAAAUCUUCA